GAGCGGCAGGGGAUUUCUACCUUGCUAAAAGUCUGCUGGAUCAGAAUUGACUUGAAAGCUGCCUUUAGGAUGUCUGAAGAAGAAGAAAAAGUUAGGCUCCGUCGGAUUGAGCCUUCCAUUCAGAAAUUCAUUAAAGUGGCAAUUCCAACAGAUUUGGAGAGGUUGAGAAAACACCAAAUAAAUAUUGAGAAGUAUCAACGAUGCAGGCUCUGGGACAGAUUGCACGAAGAGCACAUCAAUGCAGGACGGACAGUUCAGCAACUACGAUCCAAUAUGAGAGAGAUGGAGAAACUUUGCUUGCGAGUCCAUCAGGAAGACAUCCCAGUUCUGCAAAGAAUGAUAAAUCCAGUUAAAGAGGAAGCUUCACUUGCCAUAAAAGAGUUCCUACAGCUCCACUCUGACUCUGCAGAAGAACUUAAAAGGCACCUUGAAGGACACGAAGAUGCCUCUUUAACCAGAUCUGCAACUGUGGGAGGAGGUAAAACUUUUUGUAGCGCUGAAGGGAAGGAUGGCUCCCAAAGUUUAAUCCAGAUGUAUUCCCCUCUUCCUGAAAUACCUCAGGAUGAAAAUGCAGCUGAGUCAUGGGAAAACUUGGAGGAGGACUUGAUUCAGCUUAACCAGUUGGUGACUGAAUUUUCCGUGUUAGUGAGUUCUCAGCAGGAGAAGAUUGACAGGAUUGAAGACCACGUCAACAGUGCUGCUGUGAAUGUUGAAGAGGGGACCAAGAACUUAGGGAAGGCUGCAAAAUACAAGCUGGCAGCUCUCCCUGUGGCAGGUGCAGUCAUUGGUGGAGUGGUAGGGGGUCCCAUUGGGCUCCUCGCAGGCUUCAAAGUGGCAGGAAUUGCAGCUGCGCUUGGUGGUGGGAUUUUGGGUUUCACAGGUGGAAAAUUGAUCCAAAGAAAAAAGCAGAAAAUGAUGGAGAAGGUCUCUUCCAGCUGUCCAGAGCUUUCGCACCACACUGCCAAAAAAUCCAGCUGAAGUUCCAUCCUGGCUAGGAAUGCAAGACUAGGAGUCGAGAUGGUGUCGACUUGCAACCUUACGCUUCACUACAGGGCUGGGUCAGGGUGAUUUUGAAUGGCAGUGCUGAUGUUCAGGGGUGUGAAGAGGUAGCGUCAGAGCUUAUGGGGCUGUUGCUUUUUAGAUGCCGUAGGUAGCAGCGGUCCUGCUACUUGAAGAGCUGUCCAAGGGACUUCUAAUUAAAAAACUCCUGGAUGAGCCAUAGGCAGAGCUGUAGUGAGGAUGGCGGAUGCUUCCUGCCCAGUUUGCACAAACGGUCUUGCAGACAACACUAAUAAAGUCAUUUGGAAAACUGUAGUGCUCUUCUCAAAAAGGCUCCUCGCAGUCGGAGCGCACAGAGUAGGAUUCCAAAGGUAAGAGCUGAACCUCUCAUCCAUUUUUAUGGUGAUCCCUUACGGUUUUCCAUAUUCCUGACCUCCCCUUGUCCAUAGCCCUGCUGUGUGCUAGGCCUGCCGAGCAGCUGCCCAGAAAGCAUUGGCUGGGUCAUGGUCAGAGCAUGGGGUCAGCCUUGUGGAGAAGGUCAAACUUAGGUAGAUUCAGCACCUGUCAGCAUCAGGCAGCUGAGAUCAGCAUCAGCUUUAGCCUUUUGCAGGUUCUACUGUUUCUUGUUAAUGGUACCUGCCCUUUGAAGAUGGGCAUUGAAGAGUUAGGUAGCCUGAGAAACAUACCCUGUGGGCCAGCUCCUGGCUAAGAGUCAUUUUCCAUACCUGUUCCCAGCUCCCAGCCUUGUCCUGAGAACUGCUGCGUGCCAAACUCUGGCCUUCGGAGCCAAUAGCUGCAUCCUUGUUGAGCAGUGUGCACUGCUGGGUGUUGCUAUCUCCUCUUGCAUCCUUAUAUAUCUUCUUACAUCCUUACUUUCCUGUUUUAGAAGGCAUUUACUUCUGCAGCUUCCCUCUUUGGAUACAGGAGUGUUAACAAGUUCUCCUUUUCGCAUACUCUACCGUGCAGGUCUGCCCUCCAUCCUUUCGGGGUGCUUCCGUACUAUUGCUGCUGUUGUUUAGAAAAGGGAAAUACAGGUCAGAAAACUAGUUUUUAAAGGUUCUUAGUUCCUCUGAGCCCUGGGAGAUGCUCCUGGAGUCCAGCUGUGUGUGGUGGUCGCUGCUAGGACUCCCUUGCAGGCAUGGGGCUGCAGCAGGGCACACGGUAACAACAGGAGAUCGUUACCCUCCACUGUGAUACCAGCCUGGGGAAGAACUGUCUGCUGGUGGCAGGUGAUAGUUUUAUUGCCUGGAUACACUGCGAGCAGCGCCUGUUACAGCUUAAGACAUGCAUGCGUUUCUGAACGGCUCUUGCUUAGUAUUUUUUUAAAUAAAGAUGUGAUCAACGUUGCUGUCAGUCAGAUCAUCUUGUCUGGGACGGGCGAAGGCCCAGGGAAGCAAUGGGGGCAGGAUUGCCAAGUAGUCCCUAACACUGUCCAAACUGCACGUGUUAAAGCCACAGCGCCUACAUCUGCAAACAGCAGCUGGCCUAGAAGACAGGACUGGAGUUAUUCUGUACAUUUGUGCCCAUCGUGCAAAAAACUCCUUCAAAUGCAUCUACUCAGGAUGCAAACACAUAGUGAGCUUGUAACAACUUGGUACUGCUGCUGUUCAUUCUUUUGUUCAAGAAAUUGGAAAUUUAAAGGAAGAAACUCUGGAAAAAAAGACACUUUCUCUGUAAGC